AUGUGGGGCCUGGUGCGGCAGGGCCUGCGAUGGGGCCGGCGGCGGCGGACUGCGCGGGUGGUGGACGAGAGCGCGCUCGGUGCAGACGGCGACGUUGACGGUGGCGCCGCCGCUCCGCCGGCCGCUGGCGGCGCGGUGGCGGUGCCGACGCUGGGCAGCGCCCUGGCCAGGGCGCUGCUGGCGCUGGCGUGCGCCAUCCGCUUCGACGACGAGGACGUCGGCGCGACCGAGGAGGCGUGGGCCGCCACCGGGUGGCGGCCGCGCGCCGACGAGGUCAGCCACCUCAUGGUGCGCGAGAGCAUGCGCUACGCCAUCUACGCGUAG